GGCAGAAGCAUGGGCGGAGAGGAAAUGGUGGAGCUGAUGUCUGCCAGUUUUUUGCAGACAGAAUCUGCAGACUUUGCUGCCACGGCAGAAAGGAGUAGAUUCCGACAUGCCCAACUGGCGAGGCUUUGUGCCAACCGGCACUACAGCCAGGCCUCACAAUCGUCUGCAGUCUCGGGCCCAGAGCGGCUGAGGCGGUGGUACCAAAAGAGUCACUCUUGUGAAACUGGUCUGAAGUCGUCUUUCAACCUCUGUCCGAGGCUGCCUCGCCAGCGCCACAGCCACUCUGACCCCCAGACACAGAGUCUAUCUACUCACUUUGCAGUUGGCAGAAGACGAUCCAGCUCGAAAUGCAAUUUUCCCACAGUUUCUGCCCAGGCCCAUCUCGAGCCCAGUCCCAACCCCGAGCCAAACGGUAGGACCAAAGUCCCGAUCAGCCUGGCCAACUCGUUUAUCCGCUUCACUCUUUCUUUCUUCUCAUUCGCUUCCUCCGCCUCCUCCGCCUCCUUCGCCUCGUCCCGCCUCCUUCGCCUCAACUCUGACCCAGCCCCGAGGGGAAGCCGCCUGCCGUCGGCACGUUUCGUGCUCGGUCCGAGUCCCGACAAACCGGGCGAAACGGCCCGAAGCUCGACGCCUCGACACGUCGGAUUCACCUCCUCUUUGCGCCGUCGAGUGUGGGCCGACGCGCGGUUCUGCGCCUCGCCUCCAUCCGAACACGAUUCUGCGCCUCGGUUACUGGUGGCUCUGCAUUUGCUGAAGUAG